GACGCAGUUUCAGUUCGCGCUGCUCGAACGCCGGUACGCGUGGUCGCUGCUCUAGAGGAUUUUUCCGCGGACAUGGACGUUGAUGUCUGAAGCGCCUGUGGAUAUCGGAGAGCACCGAGUUAUGGAUCGUUUUUGAACUGCGUCUGAGUAUAGAAAAUAAAACAAUGAUGUUCAUCCUUCUGAUCGCCGCCUACGGAUUGGCGGUCGGUUUGCUGUAUCUGCUGUAUAUGGUAGUCAACCAGUUCACCUAUUGGAACCAGCGCAAGAUUCUGCAUCUUAAGGUGACCCCACUGCUCGGCAAUUUUGCGCCCAUAUUCUUCCGGCGCAACUCCUUUCCCGAGCACGCCAAGUUCCUCUACAACUACCUUCCGGACGCGAAGUACUACGGCACCUUCGACUUCAACACCCCGGUCAUCGUGCUCAAGGACCUCGACCUUAUCCGUGACAUCUGUGUGAAGAACUUCGACAAUUUUCCGGACCACCGCAGCUUCGUCACGGAGGAGAUGGACCCCAUAGUCGGGCGCAACGUCUUCUCCCUCAAAGGUCAGCGCUGGAAGGACGUCCGGGGCACACUUAGCCCGAGCUUCACCGCCAACAAGAUGAAGAUUAUGUUCCAGCUGAUCACCGAGUGCUCCAGGGAAUUCGUCCAGUACUUCGUCGAUCAUCCGGAAUUGGCUGCGAACUUCGAGGCCAAGGACGCGUUCACCAGGUACACCAACGACGUUAUAGCCACUGCCGCUUUUGGUAUCCAGGUCAAUUCCAUGAGGGAUCGCGAGAACGAGUUCUACGUCCACGGCAAAGACGCCACUUCGUUCUCCAGUCCUCUGAGGCUGAUCAAGUUCAUACUUUUCCGGAGCUUCCCGAAACUCGUCCGGAUGACCGGCGAGAGGUUCCUGUCGAGGUCCACCGACAAGUUCUUCAACCAGCUGGUCAUCAACACCGUGAGAACGAGAGAGGAACAGAAGAUAGUGAGACCCGACAUGAUUCAGCUGCUGAUGCAGGCUAGGGACAAGGAGGACGGCAUCGAUGUCACCAUCGAGGACAUCAUCGGCCAGGCCUUCAUCUUCUUCCUGGCUGGCUUCGACACCUCGUCCACCCUCAUGUGCUUCGCGGCUUACGAGCUGGCCGCUCACCCGGACAUACAAGAGAAGGUCUUCAGAGAGAUCGAGGAGCAGGAGAACGGCGAAGAGUUGACCUACGAGUCCCUCGCGAAAAUGAAGUACCUGGACAUGGUGAUCAGCGAAACCCUGAGGAUGUACCCACCGUCACCGAUGACCGACAGGGUCUGCGCCAAGGAGUUCGUCAUGCCACCUGCCAAGGCUGGCGAACCGGAACUUCGGGUGGAAAUCGGGACGAACAUGGUGAUGCCGAUCUACGGUAUGCAUCACGACCCGCAACACUUUCCGGAGCCAGACAAAUUCAUGCCGGAGAGGUUCUCCGACGAGAACAAGGACAAGAUCAAUCCGUAUAUUUACAUGCCCUUCGGGCACGGGCCCAGGAAGUGCAUCGGAAAUCGUUUCGCUCUCAUGGAGACGAAAACUCUGCUCGUUCACAUCCUGAGAAAGUUCAGGAUCAAAUUCACCGACAGAUCCAAGUAUCCCAUCGAAUUUUGCAAAAAGACCUUCAACAUGACUCAGAAGGAUGGCUUUUGGCUCAAGUUCGAGGAGCGAAAGAAGACGGAUUGAGGACGCUUGCGCUUGUUCUUUUCUACGAUUGUAUUAUACAGAGUUAUAUUUUUCACGAAAUGUAAGCUAGUCUAUUACUUGUAAAUGACAACAAUAUAGGUAUAAGUACAAUAAUAAAAUCGAGAUUCGUCUCCACA